CAAGGAGACCAAAUCCAAGGCCACGCUUCCAGCAUCUUCCAUUUGUCCCUCCUCUGAACUGACACUUAUUAGUCCUAGGAAUAAAAGGCACAAAAGGUAGGAGGGUGACGCUGAUAACAAUACCAUGCGGUUGAUGUAAAGUGGUGCAGCACAAAAAGGGAGCACGAAAGAUGGAUGAGGAAGAGGUUCAUAUCGCAGUCGGGAAGAACACUAGAAAGGAGAAGGCUAAGAUACUAUGGGCUGCUGCGAAUUUCCCAAGGGCCACCAUAGUCCUUGUCCAUGUUCACUGGCCCUCCAAGUGGAUGCCCUUCAACUUGGGUGGCAAAGUGUUAUACAAGUUUGCUAAUGAAAAGGAGAAGGAAAUACAUAGAGGUAGAGAAACGGAAGCGAUGGUCAAGAUGUUAUCACAGUACAAAAGUUUUUGUGGUGCAAGAAAGGUUAGCGCGCAUUACCUUACACAUGAUGACACUGUUGCCGGUGUUGUGAAUCUGAUAAAGAAGCUCAAAAUUAAGAGAAUCGUCAUCGGUUCAAGGAGCAUGUCUUGGCAAGCGGUAGUUCGCCAAUGCUCUCAGGUGUGGGUGGUGCUCAAUGGCAAACACGUCUCCACUAGCAAUGAUCAUCUGAAGCACACUGGAAGCAUUGGAUAUGGAGGGAGCUCAGAUAUUUUAGCAUCUAUACAUGAGCUAGGUGACGAAUCUGAUGGCUACACAACACCACCAAGUGACUUUGUAGAUGAAAUCACGAAUGAGGAGGAGGUGAUUGAAAUGGAUGAUUCUGAUCAGUUAGUAACGGAAGCUGAAACAUUGACUGAAGAAAGAACAGAGGAAUCCACCACUUAUGAGGAGGUGGAAAUAUUUGCUGAAGAGGGUGCUGAUCGAUCUGAUGAGAUACAAAGUUUCAGAAAUAUUACUGAAAAGGCUGAAAAAAUCAUGGCAAAAAUAGACAAACUCCAAAAGAAACUGAAAGAGCUGCAAGGAGAGGGCCAUAAUCAUGAAGAAAGCAGCUUGUUACCAAGACAAAUGGCUGCUUCACUGAAGAAGAAGACCUUAUCACAACCAAGACACCCAGAUCUGCAAAUUCCGGAGCACAUUGCACAAUUCUCAAUGCCGCAGAUUCUGAAAGCGACCGAUAACUUCCACUCAAGAAAUCUCAUAGGAGAAGGAGGUUAUGGACUAGUGUAUAAAGGAAAACUAGGUGGCAUGCCGAUGGCUAUCAAGUUGUUGAGGCCUCAUGGUAGACAAGGUUUCCUAGAGUAUCAGCAGGAGGUGGUGGUGCUGAGCAGACUGGAGCACCCGCACAUCGUGAGGCUCAUCGGCGUGUGCCCGGAGUCGUGCAGCCUCGUGUACGAGCACCUCCCCAACGGCACGCUCCUGGACAGGCUCUCCAAGGGACUCCUGUGGAAGGACCGCGUCAGGAUCCUCGCCGAGCAGCGUUCAGCACUGGCGUACCUCCACUCCAGCCGUCCCCACGCCAUCAUCCACGCCGACCUGAAGAUGACCAACAUCCUCCUCGACGCGGGCAAUGUGAGCCGCCUCGGGGACUUCGGGACAGCACGGGUGGUGCACGUGAAGCCGCUGGAGGAGGAGACCAUCCGCCGGCGCACGAACCCGAUGGGCACGACGGGGUACAUGGACCCCGUCUUCUUCAUCACCGGCGAGCUCACCACGGAGUCGGACGUGUACGCCUUCGGCGUGGUGAUCCUGCGGCUGCUCACGGGGCUGCUCGACCUCAACAUCGCCGAGCAGGUGCGUGAGGCGGUCAAGAUGGACGCCGUGCACAGCGUGCUGGACGCGUCCGCAGGGGCCUGGCCGGAGGUGCAGGCCGAGCGCCUGCUCAAGCUGGCGCUGAGGUGCUGCAGCCUGGAGAGGAAGCGGCGGCCGGCAAUCACGUGCGACGCCGAGUGGAGACCGCUCGAUAUCCUAAGGGCCAUGAACACGCCAGCUAAUAAAUCCCGGAAAUGGAAUUCCCUUGCGAGCUGAAUUGCGAGUUCAGAUUCUACGAGCAUGCACGUCUAGUCUAGUAUAUAUCUUGCUGCAAAUGCCAACAAAUAUAUUGCUAGUAACUCUCUUGUGACUAUAUAUAUAUCAAUAAUGUGCAUUAGAAUAUAUAUAGAAUAUAGGAGCAUAGUAGAAACUCCGGAUGGAAUGUAACCAGAAUAGACUUGGAUCGUGUUAUUCCUGGAUCGCUCAUGGCACAAAUUUUGGCACGAUCAAAAGCACGAUACAGCAUGAAAUAUU